CAAGUCGUCGUUUUCCACGAGCCAUGGCCUUUGCAUUUUGCCUGUGCCUGUGCAUUUGCUCAACGCAGCGCUCAAAAAAGCUACCCAAGCUGCCACAUUCCAAGCAUCGGCACUGAGCGCCACUCAAGCAGGAACCUCUCCAGCACGGCCCUUAGUUGACUAGAAUCCACUUGGUAGCCAAACGGAUACCGGCCAUGGCAAGAGAGAUUACGGUGCGGCAGCUGUCUGGCGCAGAUACAGCAUUUGCAGUGCCGGCCGGCAUGACCGUCCGUGAGUUAAAAGCGGCGCUGCACGGGUGGCUGCCCUGCGAAGAUGAAUCAAAGCGCAACAUGAGCUCGGUGGAGGUGAUUGUUGAUGGUAGGUGCUUGUUGAACAACAAGGAGAUGGUGUCGGAGGUUAUUCCCGGUAGAGAAGUCCUGGCUGUCUUCAGCAUCAAGCCGGUAACGUGCUCAAGCUUUUCAGCCUCCGGCUGCGAGCUGGAAGACCUUCGCGUAGUAGAAAUUCCUGCUGGAAGGCAGGUCGAAGCACAUGCCUUCAUUGGCUGCAGCUCGCUGGCAAGCGUGACCAUUCCCAACUCUGUGACCAAAAUCGGAGAACUUGCGUUCAAUGGCUGCAGCUCAUUAGCAAGCGUGACCAUUCCCAACUCCGUGACUGAGAUUUGGGAAGGUGCCUUUGCAGACUGCAGCUCAUUGGCAAGUCUGACAAUUCCCAACUCUGUGACUGACAUUUGGGAAGGUGCCUUUGCAGGCUGCAGCUCAUUGGCCAGCGUGACAAUCUCCAAUUCCGUGACUAUGAUUAGGGAACUUGCCUUUGCAGGCUGCAGCUCAUUGGCAAGCGUGACCAUUCCCAACUCCGUGACUGUGAUUAGGGAACGUGCCUUUGAAGGCUGCAGCUCAUUGGCAAGCGUGACCAUUCCCAACUCUGUGAUUAUGAUUGGGGAACGUGCCUUUGCAGGCUGCAGCUCACUGGCAAUCGUGGCCAUUCCCAUUUCCGUGACUGAUAUUAGAGAAGGUGCCUUUGCAGGCUGCAGCUCAUUGGCAAGCGUGACCAUUCCCGACUCCGUGACUGAUAUUAGAGAAAGUGUCUUUGAAGGCUGCAGCUCAUUGGCAAGCCUGACCAUUCCCAUGUCCGUGACUGACAUUGGAGAAAGUGCCUUUGAAGGCUGAGCUCAUUGGCACCAUGCCCAACUCCGUGACCCAAGGCUGCAUCCUAUUGGCAAGGAUUUGCAGCGGUGCCUUUGCAGGCUGCAACUCUUUGCGGGCGUGAACGGGAAGGAGAAGGAUAAUGACUUCAGGAAGUUGUUUCCAACUCCGUGACUGAGAUUGGGGCAGGUGCCUUUGCAGACUGUGGCUCGCUGGAAAGCGUGACCAUUCCCGACUCCGUGACUGAGAUUGGAAGACCUGCCUUUGCAGACUGCAGCUUAUUGGCAAGCGUUACCAUCCCCAACUCCGUGACUGAGAGUCGGGGAUGUGCUUUUGCAGACUGCAGCUCAUUGGCAAGCGUGACCAUUCCCAACUGCGUGACUAUCAUUGGGGAACGUUCCUUCAAAGGCUGCAGCUCAUUGACCAGCGCGACCAUCCCCAACUCCGUGACAAAGAUUGGGGAUGUCUUUGCAGACUGCAGCUCAUUGGCAAGCGUGACCAUUCCCGACUGCGUGACUUACAUUAGGGAAGGUGCCUUCUUAGGCUGCAGCUCAUUGGCAAGCGUGACCAUCCCAACUCCGUGACUGAGAUUAGGCCAUGUUGCAGCUCAUUGGCGAGCGUGACCAUUCCCAACUCUGUGACUAUGAUUGGGGAACGUGCGAUUGCAGGCUGCAGCUCAUUGCAAGCGUGACCAUCCCCGACGCCGUGACUGAGUUUGGAAGACGUGCCUUUGCAGGGUGCAGCUCAUUGGCAAGCGUCACCAUUUCCGACUCCGUGACUAUGAUUAGGGAAGAUGUCUUCAAAGGCUGCAGCUUUUUGGCAAGCGUGACCAUGUCCAUGUCCGUGACUGACUGGAGAAAGUGCAUUUGAAGCUGCAGCUCACUGGCACCAUGCCCAACUCCGUGACCCACGUUGGACCAUGUAUUUUCCAAGGCUGCAUUUUAUUGGCAAGGAUUGGCAGCGGUGCCUUUGCCGGCUGCAUGUUGCAAGUUGCAUUCCUGAGGAUGCAACCUCAACAAGGGCCCCCC